AUGAGCCAAGCCGAUGCUAACAGUAGCAAUCUUGAGUCCGCCGUAGAGUCGAGUCCCGCACUGAAGAAAAACAAAAUGGAAGACACCAAGUAUCUCCCGGAGCUCCUGGCUGAAAAGGACAGUCUGGAUUCGUCGUUCACACACGCCAUGAAGCUCAUUUCUGCAGAGAUCGAGCGGAUCCAGAAGGGGGAAACCAAGAAGGAGCCCGAGAAGGAAACAUACCUCGACCUGUUUGCAACAAAGAAUCUCAAGCUGAAAGAGCGAGUUCUCAUUCCCACCAAACAGUACCCCAGGGUCAACUUUGUUGGUAAGCUUCUGGGACCUCAGGGUAGCACAAUCAAGAGACUCCAGGAGGACAGUGGUGCCAAGAUUUCAGUUUUGGGUAAAGGCUCCAUGAGGGAUAAGAAUAAGGAGGAAGAGCUGAGAAAGGGUGGUGAGGCUAAAUAUGCUCACCUGUCCAUGGAGCUUCAUGUCUUCAUUGAGGUGACUGCACCCCUUCCAGAAGCCUAUUUGCGCAUGGCUCAUGCCAUGGAGGAAGUCAAGAAGUUCCUUAUUCCAGAGCCUGGUGAGCACGACCAGUACAUGGAUCCUCACUUCCUGAAUGGAUCCCAAGAUGGUUCAGGCAGAGGGCGUGGUGGUGUCCCUGGUAGGGGCAGAGGUGGACCACCCGGUGCCGGAGGACCAAGGGGGCGAGGGAUGCCACGUGGUGGUCCCAGAGGAGCAAUGCGUGGUGGUGCUCCGCGUGGGGGACUAGGACGGGGGAACGGUCCUAGGGGUGCACCAUCUGGACGGGGUGGUCCACCUUCUGCUCCUAAUAGAGGAGGCUCAGCUCCUCGUUCCAGGCCCCCUGCAGCAGGGGCACCAAGAAUGCUCCCCUCUUCAGCCAUGUCUCACCAGCAGGUUUCUUCAGGGUCACAGCCCAAGUCUGAUGGUUAUGAGGACUAUCCUCCGUACGAAGAAUCCUAUGGAGAGCAGAGUUACGAAGGAUAUGACAAUUAUUAUAGCCAACAGUCUGCUCCUGCUGAUACUGAAUAUUAUGAUUACGGACACGGGGAGGCUCAGGAGGCCUCAUACGAGUCUUAUGCUCAAGACGAAUGGGACAACUCGUGGUCCAACUCUGGAGCUGGAGGCAAAGCCCCCUCAUCCAGGCAGACGAAGGGAGGGUAUAGAGACCAUCCAUAUGGAAGAUACUGAACGGCUACUGGUAGAGAGUUGCUAUGGCAACUGUCUCCAAUUGUUUCUCACUUAACUUUUCAAAAGUAAUUUCCUUCCCAUUUGUUACUUUUUUUAUGCUUUUAUUUUAUUUUAUUUUUUGUUUUUUAAACUUUGAGAGGUUUAUUGAUGGAUGUGUCAGACCAGAGGAGAAACACGAAUGCUAGAUAAUUUUUUUUGUUCAUUGUUUACCUGCUUCCAUUUAAAUGUUUGUUUCAGUUGCGUAGUUGGCAAAUUAAGGUGUUAGUAACGUAAACCAUAAAGAAAAAAAAAGUGACAUUUUAGUGAUAUUUGAUUAUCUUUUCAGUGAUUGUGGCGAUAAUCUCACAUACGCUGCAUGUUAAAGUCCUUCACGACGGGACAAAAAUGAAUCGCAACGCAACUUUUAACAAUAAGAGAAUCAAGUUCCAAACGUAAAUAACAGCCCUGGGCCGUUUUUAUAAAAAAAAACAGUCGUAUGUUUUGUACAAUACAAUUCAUAUAUGUGAAAUUAUAAAUAAUGCUCAACAUUGACUGAACUAAAAAAAACGGCUUCUAUUUUUGUCAUUCUUUACAAUUGGUAUAUCACAAUCUGUCGUGCUAUUACUUACAAAAUCACUUUAAGCUAGUUGUAGCGCUUGAAGGAUUAACAAAUCCUUAUUGAAAGGAAGGCUGCAGCCAACUCAAUAUUUUGUACAUUAACUUAAGACAACUGUGUUUUGCUUUAAGCCGUACCGUCUCCAAAAUGCAUAAUGCUUGUGUAUCUCUGGCUAAAUAGGAUCCUAAAUAUAUCCCAAAAUGUUUUCUGCAGUGCGUGUUUCAAUAAAGUUUGUAGUUUCUUUUUAAUCAA